CCUGAUUUUUGGGUGUACCCCCACCUUAAUGGCGACCCUUUCUCUGUCGACGUGGAAGUUGGUUUACAGCACAGCAACCAAUCAUUUCGCUUGUCAGAACACGUCUAUCAGAAAAAGGGAAGUGACAAGUUGUGUUUUCCUGGAGGAAUCAACUGGAACAGCAAAGCCAUGGUGUACUUCAUACUUCCUGUCAAAGACCAGGGACGGUGGGUCUAUCAUUUUAUCAAUGAACUCACUGUUGCCAGCAUAUUAACCGGUGAUAUGAACUUCCACGUCGUUGUGGCCGACUUUGAAAGUCAGGAUAUCGAAAUGACCAAAGCUUUUAACACUUCUCUGUUCCGCAGCAAACACACCAUUGUUAGUUUGAAGGGUAAAUUCUAUAAGACACUCGCGCUAAACGAGGCUGUCGCUCGUGUUCCAAGCGAGCAUGAUAUACUGUUUCUGUAUGAUCUUCACAUCGAUGUGCCCGUAGACAUUGUGAACAGCGUCAGAAAGAACACCAUUGAGGGACGAAUUGCCUAUUUUCCUGUCGUUGGUCGCUUAGAUUGUAACAGCUCGUCUGAGGAUCACAGAGGCUUCUGGCAACUUGACGGGUUUGGCGUGCUUAGUAUAUACAAGUCUGACUGGACAAGGUUUGGCGGUAAGAGGAGUUCAGACUGGUACGGAAGUGACAAUUAGAAUAAACUAAAGGCUGGACGAAGCUGGAACUGCAAUACUGCCGCAAUGCAAAGCCUGUUCAACCUGCUAACCAAAUAUGACAAACAUUUUUUGCACCUGAUAAAGUUUCUAAAGGCUUCUAAAUAAUUGUUUGCGGUUUCCAAAAGUUGACAACUGAAAUCAAACAGCCAUUUCAUUCACCUGGUCCCGAACCAGUCAAAAACAAAACAGCGGCGGAUCUAGGGGAGGGGUCCGGGAGGCCGCCCCCCCCCCAUUAUUUUGCGUAAAAAAAAGAAAAAAUCACAGAAGGAAGAAAGCCGGCUGGGCAAGCAAGACAAAACCGCCCCCCCCCUUCUCCUUUAGCUCAAGGUCUGGGUCCGCCUCUGAGAACAUACAUUUAUUGAAGUUCCCCCACCGCGGCUGUUCAGCCACAAUGUAAAAAAUAGUCAUGAAUAAAUUACUUUAUAAAAGUAUAAAAAUCAACAUGGACAAAAUGCUGCCCGAGGCCUGCAUUUUCAAGACCUUGGUCACCGGUUUUCAUUAUACGGACCUCACAGCCGACCAAUAACAUAUAUAUCUUCGAUACAGUCGAACCUUCACUAACGGCCAUCUCUCUACAACGGCCAUCUGUCAAGAACGGGCGCUUUUCAGUUUUAUCCAGGUGGACGGUCCAUUCAUUGAGACACAAAACUUGAUCCGAACCGCGUGUCGUUUGUCUCUGUCUCUGUUUGGUUUCUGUUUUAUUGAUGUAUCAGGAUUUUGAUUGUGUAGCAUAUUUUCAUGCUACACUAAGCAAUUUUCUUAAGAUAAAGGUGUUAAACUCCGCGAAAAAAAAAAAUCUGUGUCAUAUUACACUUCUACCACCUGAUAACCUGUUCCAAGCUCUCGGUCAAUGAGGACGAUCGAAAAAGCGGGCGGGCGACGAGCGGGACCAGCGACGAGUGGCAUCCGGGAGAGAAAAGGAGAGGGCGGGAUACCUUUCCUUGUCUCUCGCAGACCCCACCCGCCCGCUUUUUCGAUCGUCCCCACUGACCGAGAGACUGGAACAGGCUAACCACCCCAUAAUGGCCACCUCUCUACAACAGUUACUUUCCUCUGUCUGCAAGGUGGCUGUUAUGAAGAGAUUUGACUGUGUUUUUUUUUUCAUUUAUGAGCCAGAUAUGAUACCAACUGAAUAGUUUUUCUUUAAUUGUUGGAGUACCUUUUGACUUGUUAGUAGCAGUAAGCCAGUCAAUUAUGUUGUUGUUUACAAAGGUCUUUACAAAGAUGUCAAUUGAUUCUUUCUCACCACAGUAGAGGCAUUCGUCUUCCGUUUUAUACCAUAUCAAUAAAGCUCUUUUUUGGUGAUUAUAA